GUGGAAGGUGGAGCCAGCAUUUCAGAACUGACUGGAAGCUGCAGUGGUGGCUCCCCACAGUUUGGAGCAGUCAGUUGUGCAGUGUGUUCCCCCCUGAGGUUGUUGCUGAGUGUGUAUGUCUGAGUGCUUUCAGCUGACAAAGCCAGCACUCAGUGUACACCCCUUGGACAGUUCUGAAGGUGGGGGAUCACCGCUGUGUGUGGUUUCUCACUCUCUCAUCCCUCCCUGGGGACUCUGUGCUGACUGGUGAUCCUGGUCAUGAGCUGGCACUGGGAAUGGCUGCUGUCCGUGGCAAUCCUUGUUGAGCUGAUGGGGGCCGAGGGGUCGCAGUUCAAAGCCGCCCGGCUUCAUCGCUGGUCUACAGCCAGCCUUGGUUACCUGAAAUCCAGCCUCUGCCAGCGGGGGUCCUUUCUGUCCGACUCCGAGUGCAAGCGACUGGCAGAGAUCCCGCAGACGGCUGUGGCGGUUUAUGCAGCAGAGCCUCGGACUGGCGAGAAGCUGCUGACCAUCCUGCCGGACUCUGGUCUCAGUUUGGGAUCCCCACAUGACGCCGUCAUCACCCUCGACCCGAGUCCGGAGCUCAGCUUUGGCCACCCAGUUACUGUCUUCUACGUUGACUUCAAUGUGAAUGAACGGAGAUGUGGGAUUCGGGAGGGACUGUACUUAGGUAACUAUGAGUGCAUGACCCUGGCCUUGAAGAGUCGCUGUGAGAACCUGCUGAAGAGAAGGACCAGUCGUAAUCAGCAACACAACAAUAAAGAUCCAGCAAGGAAGCGGCUAAAAGCCCAGGCCACCAGGGCCAGCCUGACAAGGGAAGUGCGCAACACCAGCAGUCGCUCCCGGAGAGAGGAACGCCUUGUGGGACUGUGUGAGAUACACUUUAUUCCUCUGGUGGUGGGACAGAGGGAUGUGCACAAAGAACAAAGACUCCGCUGUGUAGAACAGAAGGGUUUUGCUGCCUGCCCUCAGCCCCUCAGCAUCAGCAGCCCCAACCCUGCCGUCGCCAACUGUGAGUUAAAUAAAAACACACGCCGGUGUCAUCGACAACAACUCUCUUCACAGAAAUCCUGCCGAAUGUACCAGACCUGUGACCAUGGGGUACUGCUCUCUGGAGGCUGGAGGGAACACCUGACAUACCAGAGACACGUACACAAUGUGUUACACUUCUAUCAAAUGUUGAGGAGGAAUGGUUUCCGGGUGGAGAACAUCAAAACCUUCUUCGCAGGAGAUGGGCAGAUCCCGGUGGACGAGGAGACUGAGGACAUCUACCCAGCCACAGAGAAGGUGGUGAUCCGGAGCCACAUCUCCUACAUCUGCCGUGCUGUUAACUGUGCUGAUUCUCUGGUUCUGUACCUCAACAGCCCCACACGGAAUGAUGGGACCAUGUUACUCUGGGACGUCAAUAAGAAUGGCAUUGCUGACCCGAAGGAGAAGUAUACGGUGGGAGAGUUGCUGAUGGAUCUGGAAGGGUGCAAUGCACACAGGGUGUUAAUAUUUGUCGAUCAAAGUUACCCUGGAACACUGGCAAAGAAACUACUUUCUUCCAAAAAACAUCCAAAUGUUAUUCUGAUCAGCAACAGCAGGGGGUCAGAGUUCACCUGGGCCUCCUGCUUCACUGAAUUUUGGGGAGAACUUCAUCCCAAUCAAUGUCUCAUUGAUUACCUCUUCAAGAAUGUUGCAUGGGCUGCCCCUUCGACUCUUGGGGUAGUUGAAUCUACGCCAGGGCUCCUGAACAGCACGAUCUAUGGAGGACCUUGCUAUGACAACCCACCUCUGACUCCAGAAGAGGUUAGGCGGGAGUACAUGGGCUGUCAAAAUCUCCCGACGGCAGUGUGGUACCAGACGAUCCAACGCAAGGAUCUCCUGCACUAACUGCUCCAGCUCACUUCAACAUGGACUGUUCUCCUCAACGAAAUGGAAACUCAUCAGAGCACAGACUUAAACACUAUUAUCUACUCAUAUGAGAUUUUAAUGCCAUCUUUGCUUUAACUAUUUGCGCUGACGGGUAACUGUUCUGAAAGAUCAGACUUGCUCACAAUGGAUUGACCAGCAAGUGGGUCGAACUGUACAGAAUGUUGUUUAGAUCAGAGU